CUCCAUACUCCAUACCGGCGACCGCCGCCGGCCGCCCCCGCCCCCCGGCCAAGCCGGUCGAGCGGCUCGAGGAUCCCCCGUCGGCCGCCGCCCACCGGCUGCUCGCCCCCUGCCGCCGCCUGCCACCUCGCCAAGCGGUUGUCCGGCGGUGGCGGGCGCGCCAAGGAGCUGAUCGGGAUAGCCGGCGGCCGCCCAGUGCCCCAGUCCGCCGUGCGCUCUGGCCCCGCGCUGUCCAAUUGCAGUCCCUGAACUAUCUUGGUUUCGAAUCCUGGGUCCGCCACUGACUCCACUACACGGUUCAACCCGAUGCUUCCGGCGUUGCGGCCUCGCCGCCGGCUCCCGGUGGCAUCCCUCCGCCGCCGCCUCUGCACCCCCUCCUCCUCUGGUACUGGCAAGAGCGAUCUCCCCGUCGACGCAGCAGCGGUGGCUGCGGCCACAGCAAAGGCCCGGGCGGAGGCGGCAGCGCGGGCUCGGGCGGAGGCGUACAAACAAGUCCAAAACUUCGAUUGGAGCAGUGGCGCCGACUGGAAGACCGCCGCUAACAUCCUCUUCACGGUCCCCCCCAAGCGCAAGGAGUUCGGGCUUGAUUUCCACCUUGUGCAGCUCUUCUUUGUCUGCAUGCCCUCACUAGCUGUCUAUUUAGUGGCCCAAUAUGCACGGAGGGAGAUCAAAAGGAUGGAGGGGGAAGCAGAAGAGAAAAGGAAAAAAGAUGAGGAACUUGAGAAACAAAAACAGCUUGAGGAAGAAUCUGCCAAGGAGGAUGCUGAUUCAAAGCUUUCGAAGGUUUUAGACAGGGUAGAUACACUAGAGGCUGUCGUUAAGGAAAUUGUGGAUGACAAAAGGAAACUCUCUUCCCCUGAUUUACCAACCAAAGAGGAGGUUGCGAAGAAAGAUAAAGCAUCUCUGGGCAAGGCUUCUGAUUCGAAAAACGAUAGUCAGCCAGUGACAGUCAAGAGUAAGGACAUCAGUUGUGCUGCAAAUGCUCCAGCAAAUACUGCAAAACCAAACAUUAAGGGGAUUUGUGAUAAGGCUUUUCCUGUUGAGUCCGAGAGUUGAUAAAUCGUUCAAUUUUCUUUUUGUGUUUCUUAGAGCCAUUACUGUUCUUCGUUUGAGGUGCCCACCCACCCUCUUUCAACACAAGAUGGGUGUUUAGCCAUGUAGUCUCGUCCUCAAUGGUAAGUGAAUGAAUAGAUGUAAUUUCCACUUUGGAGUUUCCACAACUGUGAUAUGAUGGGUCUUAGAAAAAAAAUAGCGAGCUAACGUUUUGUGCUACCUAGCACCUUUGAUAGUUGGGGCUGUGAUUUUGGAUAAUGAAUAUGGCAAAUCCUUCUGCUUACUA